AUGAGAUUCUUGCUCAGACAUCUCAGUCGCCCUUGUUUGGGGCUCCUGCGACGCCUGAGCACCGAAGCUGUGCCCAAGAAGCCUCACGUCAACGUUGGGACCAUCGGGCACGUGGACCAUGGAAAGACGACUCUGACGGCAGCCAUCACGAGAGUGCUGGAAAAGGCAGGACUCGCCGAGUUCCGCUCCUACGACAGCAUCGAUCGAGCGCCUGAGGAAAAGGCUCGAGGGAUCACGAUCAACGCCUCGCACAUCGGCUACAGCACUCAGAAGCGGGAAUACGCGCACGUCGACUGUCCCGGACAUGCUGACUUCAUCAAGAACAUGAUCUCUGGUGCAUCUCAGAUGGAUGGUGCCAUCGUGGUCGUGGCUGCCACCGAUGGCAUGAUGCCACAGACUCGGGAACAUCUCCUCCUGGCGAAACAAGUUGGAAUCCGAAAGGUGAUCGUGUACGUGAACAAAGCAGACCUGGUGGACGCAGAUACAUUAGAACUGGUCGAGAUAGAGAUGAGGGAGCUGUUGUCGGAGAUGGGAUUUGACGGCCUGGAGACUCCCUUCGUGUACGGUUCUGCUCUCCUUGCCCUCAAGGGAGACCAGAGCGACAUCGGAGAGCCGAGCAUCAACAGACUCCUCGAUGUCCUCGAUUCCUACGUCACCGAACCCGAGAGGGACAGGGAAGCUCCGUUCUUACUGCCGAUCGACAACGGAUUCACGGCAUCCGGCAGGGGAACCGUGCUGAUCGGGACGCUGCGCCGAGGCAUCAUUCGCCGCAAUGCCGACUGCCAUCUCCUCGGCUUCGACUUCAAGGCCAAGACAUCCGUCUCCGACAUACACGUGUUCAAGAAGUCCGUACCGCAGGCCACGGCCGGUCAGAACGUCGGCGUCUUGGUGAGGAACGUUCAGCUGGGAAACGUGGAACGGGGAAUGGUGUUGUGUGCGUUGAACUCCUUGACGCUGGGGAACCGCUUCCGUGCCCAGAUGUACGUGUUGAGUCGUGCCGAAGGAGGGCGCAGUGCCCCCAUUCUCUCGAAAUACAUCCAGCAGCUCUUCAGCGAAACGUGGAACAUCGCGUGCCGGGUGGAUCUCCUGCCGGGCGCCGAAAUGAUCAUGCCGGGGGAGCACGCUUCGGUGGACGUGGUGCUCCUGAGGAAGAUGGUGCUGAUCCCGGGUCAGUCCUUCACCGUGCGGGAGAACCAACUCACUGUCGCUACUGGGAUCAUCACGGAACUCUUGCCCAGUGUCGAAGUGCCGAAGUUGAACCUCAUGAAAGUUCCAGUUUGA